AUGGAAUCGUCGCCGACCGAAGCGGAGGGACCGACGCCCCGGGGUGUGUUGCGCAAAACGGGCGUGUACGGGACACCCGUGUCCUGCGUGAGUUUUCCUCAUCCAGACGUUCUACUCUACAGCCUCGGAGCUUUUUUGGAGCGGACGAGUACGUACCGGGCUUCCGGUGACGGAUUAACGGCAACACCGACUCCAAUCUCGAGUCGGCAUUUGGUCUUUCCGAACGGCAACACCAUUCACGGCAUUCGCUAUCCGCACAGUGAUCCUAAUAGAUUGCCUACGAACUCUCCUCCUCCCGCGAAUGACGGCUUUGACGCAACAGUGGAGGUGACAGUAACAGGUCCAGAGAAAGCCAAAAAGUACGCUCUCGUGUUCGGGUCGAGGCACCUGGCCUUGGUGCAGAAUGUGUGGGGAUCUCCGGAUCAUCCCGUCAUGGAAACGUUAUCGAUACGUGUAGGAAACGUAGGAAGUGCGCAUGCGAUACCACCUUCCACCGUUUGGACCUUGUCGGAUUGGAUUUGGGAUUGUCGUCUGCAAUCCACCAGUGAUCCACGUACCGACACCGUGGUGGUGGGUCUCGCACACAAUAAUGUGGAAGUGUGGACGUUGCGACGCUCGCCGGAGGGCGAUACCUCCGUAGGCGGCAUAUUAUCUCGCACCGCACAGUUGCGUGGGGUCACACGCUGUAUCACCUACUGUAUGGAUCUGGGACGGGAUGGGUACGUCGCCACUGGUACGGUACGGAACGAAAUUGUUGUCUGGAACCAACCGACUAUCCACGCUCAGAACACCGCCACGGACAAGUUUGGUGCGGAUGGUCAUGUUUCUGGAGAGAUAGUGGUAGUACCGGAACAAGCGCGAUUGCGUGGUCAUCAAGGGGUGAUUCACGGAGUUAAGUUUAAUAGCGAUUGCAGAUACCUUGCCUCUACCUCGGACGAUCGGAGUGUGCGCUUGUGGAAACGUCCAGCGGGACCGGAACAUGCCGAGAGCGGUAGCUUAAAUGGUACGAAUUCCUGGAGCUUGGUUUGGACAGGGUGGGGACACACGGCUCGGACUUGGAAGGUGGCGUUCGUAGAAGCACAUAAUCUCGUAAUUUCGACGGCGGAAGACGGCACGGCCCGAGUUUGGAAUCUAUGGUCCGGAGACUGCCGAGCGGUACUUCGGGGACACGGAGCUUCGCAGAACGUUUGGGGCAUUGAUGUUUGCGGUGAUUGGGCCGUGACGGGUGGAAAUGACGGAAGAGUGGCGACCUAUCACAUACCGAGUAGUUUGGUGGCAAUGUGGAAGCACAACGAGAAGGGAACGGAAGAAUGCGUACAAUCGUGGCAAGGUACGUUUCCAAUCCCGGAUGAUCGGAUCCUAUCGACGACCGGGAAAACAUCUUUAGCCCAAGAAAAGGGAGCUCAGAUUGUCAAAAAGAAGAAGAAAAAGAUCGUUCAUCAGAUCUUGGUGGGAAUGGGGCUAGUUGAAUCAUCCAGUACGUAUAUGGAAUCUCCGCGAAUCGUCGUGUCAACUCGAGCCGGUUCGCUCCUGAGCUUAAAUUUGUCCACCGGAAGCUGGAUUACCCAGGAACCAUGGUGGAAUUCUAGCUUGCUCGAAUGCAACAAUAUCGAUGCAAUGGAUGCCUGCUGUAUGGCGAUCCAUCCAUCGACAGGGCUCAUCGCUAUCGGAACUCAUCGGGGAGAUGUCGUGGUUCUCUUGGAUUGGGACGUCGAUCAGCGGCGUCGAAUUGUCUGGGCUGGAAACGAACUCAAGUCAGUACAAAAACUCGAAUGGAAAACUUCCAAUACCUUGGUCGCGUUUCAUGUCGACGCAUUGCGUUGGUGGCAACUACCAGAUUCCUGCGAUACAGAACAGUUUAUGGACGAAAGCUUGAUGACAUGCAAAGUAUUAGUGCCGGGUACCAAAGCGCUGGUCCUUUGCUGCGCACUCAAUCAAAAAGGCAAGCUAGCGGUGGUUGGAGAUACACGAGGGAAUAUUGCACUUUUUGACUUAAAUGGUAGUGUCGGCGUAGAUGGGUCCAUGGCACCACGCUGUGUUCUUCCUCGGGCUCAUCGCAAAGAACACGUAAACGUUUUGCUGUGGAUAAGUGAAACGAAAGUCCUUUCUGGUGGAAACGAUGGCUGCUUGCACGAGUGUGAGGUUCUGGAUUUAUGUAGGCUGAGGUCUCUGUAUUCGUUUGCGGUGGCGGCCUACACAGGGAUCGAUAGGAUUUGGACUAUGUCGAGAGUCUGCGGAUCUAGCCGUUUUGCCAUAGCGGGUUACCGAGGCAAUGAAUAUGUUGCUAUUGAUACUAAAGGUGGAUACGAAUUGUUUCGAGCAGAUACUGGUGGUAGACAGCGUGCGGCUCUCUUCUCUCUUGGUGUUCCUGACAGGGAUGGGAGCCGCUGUGCGAAUCCCAUUUUGACUGUUGCUACGAGUCGCAAGGACGGCUGCAACGACGUUACUAUUAAUAUGCGGAACGGUCGCUGGCGUGGAGGAUCUUACGGUGUUGGUUUGCACAAUGAGACUAUCUUCGAUGCAGCUUUCUUUCCCAUCGGUACAACAACAAGCGUAUUUGGUCUCUUGACGGGUAGCGAGGAUUGUACUGCUAGAAUAUCGCUAUGGGAACGCGGCUCACUGGUGUCUUCCAUUAAACUACCUUGUCAAGAAAGUGGUGUACGAGCAGUGUGCAGUAGCACCUUUGACGUGAGGCAUGGCACUUUUUUAGCUGUUGCGGGUAGUCAAAUGGCUCUGCAGUUCUAUCAUGUGAGAAAUGAAGCGAGCGAACCCCCCAAGCCUCAAAAUUUGACGAUUACUUCCCUAGGACGUGGAUGGCAACGAGAAAAAGCAUCGAUGGACCACCGCAUCAAUACUGUCACCUCUGUUCCUUUGCACGCAGCAGGUGAUGAACGGCGACAUCUUGUGUUGACUGGAGAUUCGAAUGGCGAUUGUGUUCUUUACCACGUAGGAGAAGCACUCCAAACCAUCCACAGCGGUGUGUUAUUUUUUAGGGAAGCAAGACCUGUUCUUUCAUCAAAAAUGUGCGUUCUUGGAUCCCAUGUGCUUGUAUUGGUUGGAACAACGGAGGGCACAAUAAGUUUUCAUUCGGUACUGUAUGGAACAAACAUCGACUGGAGUACCGUCCAGCGGCAAAAUCCGGAUGAAGUAGUCCAAUGCCACACAAUGGGAACAAAUACAAUCGACGUAUGUAUCAUGGAAAGUGCUGAAAGUGAACACACAAUACUCGUUUGUAGCGGAGGAGAUGACCAAUCUGUCGCAUGUUUCAAGCUUCAUGCAAAGCUUUGCGGUAGCGACUUGAAUCUCUCAAUCCAAAAAAUGCAAAUUGUGCGGGAGGCCUCGCGCUCUGCCGUGAAGGGGAUUGCCUGGUUGGACCAGAGCCACUUUGCUUCGACUGGCUACGAUCAGAAAAUCUGCGUUUGGAAAUACACGUUGGGCUCGAUCGCUAAAAAAUGCUCAUUGCAUGUCGAUAUUGGUGAUGUUAACUGCCUCGCGCACUUCCAGCUUCAAAGUACCGAAUGCACACUUGGAAUCGCCGGAGCGGGAAUCGAGCUGAUCACGUUUAAUCUGUGUGCACUAUAG